AUGGACUUACACCAUGAGGCAUGCGAUGCCACCAAGCGCGCUGGUGCCUACGCUUUCCGCCAGGUGCGAGAGGACGGGCACUGGUAUGGUGAAAUGAAAUCCAACGCAACCAUCACCGCCGAAUAUGUCUUCCUCGCACAAGCCCUGGGAUUCAGCAUCGAGUCUGACCGAGAUGACCUCGUGAAGUAUUUCUUAUCCAAGCAAGAUCAGGAAGGGUCAUGGAGCCUUGCCUUUGAUUACCCAGGAGAUGUCUCCACAACUGCAGAAGCAUAUUUCGCCCUGCGUCUGCUGGGCCUGGACCGAAACCACAAAGCAUUGCGUCCAGCACGGCAGUUUAUCCUAGCUCAAGGCGGCAUAGCGAAGGUGCGCGUCUUCACCCGCAUUUUUUUCGCGUGUUUUGGCCUUUUCCCCUGGUCUGCCGUGCCCGAGCUGCCAGCCGAGUUAGUCUUGCUUCCUGCAGCCGCGCCUCUGAGCAUUUAUCGAUUGGCAAGCUGGGCAAGAGCUACUGUGAUACCCAUGCUGGUAAUUCGACAUCAUUGUCCCAUAUAUGCUUUGCCGAACGGAAGAUCGGCGUCGAAUGAUUACUUGGACGAGCUAUGGGACGAUCCCUCGGAUAAGAUGGUUCCAUAUGCCCCGUCUGCAUGGUCAUUGUGGCAUGAGGACCUCACCGCGUUUGCAUUCACAGUGAUAGACCGUAUACUUAAAGCCCUGGGUGGUCUACGGUGGUUACCUUUGAGAAAGAUCGCACUUCGACAAUGUAUCGCUUGGAUCCUUGAACGUCAGGAGCCCGAAGGAGAUAUCGGCGGUAUUUUCCCUCCUUUGCAUGCUGCGUUGUUUGCCUUGACACUUGAGGGAUAUGGCCUCGAGUCAAGUCCUGUUCGGCGAGGCAUCGAAGCUCUCCAAAAUACGUACGCCUGGAGAGACGGCAGCGGGUUACGAAUGCAAGGGUGUAUUUCACCGAUCUGGGACACUAUCCUUAUGACCAUUGGUCUGAUUGAUUCCGGGUUGCCGACUGCAAGCCCCUAUGUUACAAAAUCAACACAAUAUCUAAAAGCUCGGCAACAGCUAGGUCCAGAGGGGGACUGGCGGGUAUAUAAUCAGAAUGUUGCACCCGGAGGAUUUAGCUUCGAGUACUUCAACUCGUGGUAUCCUGAUAUUGACGACACCGCCGCCGCAAUCUUAGCCCUGGUGAAGCAGGAUCCAAACCUGCUAGACCCAAACCCCAUACUAUCCGCGAUUCAAUGGAUCCUCGGAUUGCAGAACAGUGACGGUGGAUGGGCAGCUUUCGAUCGCGAAAACAACUACCUGUUCCUGAACAAAAUCCCCUUCAGUGAUAUGGACAGUUUCUGUGACCCAUCUACAGCCGACGUGACAGGCCGUGUGCUUGAAUGUUUUGGUCUGUUCACAAAGCGUGCCGCCCUGUCCACAAAGGGCAAUAAUCCAAUCCCCAAGGAGUUCAUCGACAGAAUAUCUUCAGCAACCGAGCGGGCCAUCAACUUCAUUGCUACGGAGCAAGAGCCAAACGGGUCAUGGUACGGUCGCUGGGGCUCCAAUUAUAUCUACGGAACCAGCACCGUACUAUGUGGAUUAUCUUACUACCAUCUCGAAAACCACGAUGCCACAUAUCCCGCCAUGAAGACGACCCACAAAUUCGACGUUCAUGCUGCCUUGGAAUGGUUCCUGAAGGUGCAGAACCCCGAUGGCGGGUGGGGCGAGCGCCUAGAAACGUAUUCCGAUCCCACUCUCGCUGCCCAUGGGCCAUCCACCCCAUCUCAGACGGCCUGGGCCUUGAUGGGGUUGCUUGCAUAUCUACCCCCUACCAAUGCAUCCAUCACUCGUGGCAUUCAAUAUCUUACGCAAACGCAGGUCAAAGAGGGGGAUCUUUCCGGGUCAUGGAAGGAGGAUCACUUCACCGGUACCGGCUUUCCGAACCAUUUCUACCUGUGUUAUACUCUCUACUCCCAAUACUUUCCCAUGAUGGCUUUGGGGCGGUAUACUAAUCUUUCUGGGCAUAGGCCCCUGGAAGACCUGGGUAAUUCGAGGACUUGCUUGGGACCGACGGUGCCCGAAUAG